CCUUUUAAUGUGUAUAUAUUGCCAGUGAAAUAUCUCAUAAGUAGCUGCUUCUUGUAAGUAAGUUAGAUAUAUUUGUAGCCUCUUUAAUUGAAAGAAAAAUUUUAGUUGACCUGCAGAAUUAGACAUCAGGGUACCUUUUCUGGUGAACCUGGAACUUUGUUCAGAGAUCAAGAAAACAAGCUCUUUAUUGGGCGUGUGUCCUAAGGCAACAUUAACUUAAUAGAGAUUUUCUUUCUGUAAUUUGCUAAUCUUUGUAUUUAAGUUUGGAAAUAGCAAUAUUCAUAAAUGGGUACCUUUGGUUGUAGUAUUGUUCCAUGCUUUCAUGCCAUUCAAAUGGUUCAUCAGAUAAGAUACGUUAUUGUAGUCAGCAAGAUUGGUUAGAAUAGUGCCCUGAAUAUCAAUAGCUCUGUAUUCUAGUUUCAGCAACUCAGUGCCUCCAAUACGCGCUUGAGUAAAUCAGCGCAUUUCUUCUCAAAUUCUUAGGACUGUUGUGAUUGAAAGCUUAUUGCUUUGUUUUGCCAUAAUUUACUGUCUUUUUAGCUUUUUAAUGCUCGUCUGUUAUACCAACUCUUUGACUUAAUUGAACAUAGUUUUUUACCUGGUGUGUAUAAUGCCGUGCUUAUAUGUUUGUGGAUAAAUGUAAAUUCUCCUGCAGGAAGAACAUCAGAUUCUUAAUCGGAAUUCUAAUGAAUCACUGAUUGACCAGCACUAUUUUACCAGUUGGAAUGCAUUAUCAGAAAUGGGCAUAGUGCUUUUAGAUCCAACAUGUAACAGAUGGAUGUUACUGCAUGCUGAUUACUUCUUCGAGCCAGUACUUUUUUGAUUGUGUAGGAUCUUUGUCUCUUCAUCUUUGAAUUCAAUUACUGGAAAAUAAAAGGAGUUCAUGUAGUUUUUGUCCAGGCUUGAGUCACCAUGAGUAGUAGUUUAGGAAAAGAAAAAGACUCUAAAGAAAAAGAUCCCAAAGUACCAUCAGCCAAGGAAAGAGAAAAGGAGGCAAAAGCUUCUGGAGGUUUUGGGAAAGAGAGCAAAGAAAAAGAACCUAAGACCAAAGGGAAAGAUGCCAAAGACGGAAAGAAGGACUCCAGUGCUGCCCAACCAGGGGUGGCAUUUUCAGUUGACAAUACGAUCAAACGGCCAAACCCAGCACCUGGGACUAGAAAAAAAUCCAGCAAUGCAGAGGUGAUUAAAGAACUCAACAAAUGCCGGGAAGAGAAUUCAAUGCGUUUGGACUUAUCCAAGAGAUCUAUACACAUAUUGCCAUCAUCAAUCAAAGAGUUGACUCAAUUAACAGAACUUUAUUUAUACAGUAACAAAUUGCAGUCCCUCCCAGCAGAGGUGGGAUGUUUAGUAAAUCUCAUGACAUUGGCUCUAAGUGAAAAUUCACUUACCAGUUUGCCUGACUCUCUUGAUAACUUGAAGAAGCUGCGGAUGCUUGAUUUACGGCAUAAUAAACUGAGAGAAAUUCCUUCAGUGGUGUAUAGGCUGGAUUCUCUCACCACUCUUUACCUUCGCUUUAAUCGUAUAACUACUGUGGAAAAGGACAUCAAAAACUUGUCAAAACUCAGCAUGCUUAGCAUUCGAGAGAACAAAAUUAAACAACUACCUGCUGAAAUUGGUGAAUUAUGUAACCUCAUUACGCUGGAUGUAGCUCACAAUCAACUUGAACACCUUCCAAAGGAGAUUGGAAACUGUACACAGAUAACCAACCUUGACUUGCAGCACAAUGAACUGCUAGAUCUCCCAGAUACUAUAGGAAACCUGUCCAGUUUAAGUCGUCUUGGUCUGAGAUAUAACAGACUGUCAGCAAUACCCAGAUCAUUAUCAAAAUGCAGUGCACUUGAAGAAUUAAAUUUAGAGAACAAUAACAUUUCUACUUUACCAGAGAGUCUUUUAUCAAGUCUUGUGAAACUGAAUAGUUUGACCUUAGCUAGGAAUUGCUUCCAGUUAUAUCCAGUGGGUGGUCCAUCUCAGUUUUCUACCAUCUAUUCCCUCAACAUGGAACACAAUCGAAUCAAUAAAAUUCCAUUUGGAAUUUUCUCCAGAGCAAAAGUAUUAAGUAAGCUGAAUAUGAAGGACAAUCAAUUAACAUCACUUCCCUUGGAUUUUGGAACUUGGACCAGUAUGGUAGAAUUGAAUUUAGCCACUAAUCAGCUCACAAAGAUCCCUGAGGAUGUGUCUGGUCUCGUUUCUCUUGAGGUUCUUAUCUUAUCAAACAAUCUUCUAAAGAAGCUUCCCCAUGGUCUUGGAAACCUUAGGAAGUUAAGAGAGUUAGAUCUGGAAGAGAACAAAUUGGAAUCCUUGCCAAAUGAAAUUGCAUAUCUUAAGGAUUUACAGAAAUUAGUCUUGACAAACAACCAGUUGACCACUCUUCCCAGAGGCAUUGGUCACCUUACUAAUCUCACACAUCUGGGUCUUGGAGAGAACCUACUUACUCACCUUCCUGAAGAAAUUGGUACACUGGAGAACCUAGAAGAACUGUAUUUGAAUGACAACCCCAACCUGCAUAGCCUUCCCUUUGAGCUGGCACUCUGCAGCAAGCUUUCAAUCAUGAGUAUUGAGAACUGUCCACUCAGUCACCUUCCACCUCAGAUUGUUGCUGGGGGGCCUUCUUUCAUCAUUCAGUUCUUAAAGAUGCAGGGUCCGUAUCGUGCCAUGGUCUGAUACAAAUCUGCUGGUCCCACACACUGUUCAAAAAUAGACUGCCAUUAAUGUUUCUUAUCUAUAUCUGUAUCUAUUUAUGUAGAUAUUGGUAUAUGGCAGAUUUAUAAAAAUUGCAUUAUGUGUUUAUGCUAAUAGAGGAAUCAUAGCCAUUUAGAAUUUUUUUUAAAUUCUGUACAAAAGGCUUAUAUAAGUUUUCUUUGCUGAAUAUGAUGGAUGUUUUUCUGUUGUGUAUUCUGAUAUGCCAGUUUGCUUAAAACAUUUGCCAACAAAUUAUGAAGUUAUUAAAUUUAAGGGACAGAGGUAGUAUAGUUAGAUAUACUUUCUCUUAGGAAAAAUAAUGGGCAAACAAUUUUGUUGCAACUUUUCAUAUAUAUUUUCCCCUUACCAAUUGUUGUAUCUUUAUAGUAUUGUAGGCCCUGAAAGUAGAAUUUUUCUUUAACUUAUUUUGAGAUUUGAGAUUUAAAUUUUAUGUAUUGUUUACAGUCAGAGUAAAUCACUGGAUUUUUUGUUUGUUUGUUUUGAUUUGCUCUGUUUUAUUCAGUCAAAUCUAGAGUUUGAAUCCUCUGCUAAAGAAUUUGCAUCAGCUGGUUUAAAUAGUGAAAGGUAUUUGCUUGUUAAAAAAAAAAAAAACCAAAAACUGGCAAAGUGAAAAGUUACAGUCGAAAAUCUAGAAUUUCUUUAAUUAUGCUUCUCUGACGAGUUGUGAAGCGAAAUACCUGAAGUGAAUCUUUGGGUAGGAGAAGGAUAUUGAGACCUUUUCUAGUAUGAAUAUUUUUUAAGUUUGGGGGAAGAGAAACUUGUAGUGAAAAGGAGUUUUUUCAUUCCUGAAAGUUGCAGAUCCACAAAAACAGGAUAAUUUGGCAAAUAAAUUACAUAUAAACACACACAAUCUAUAUAUGUAUAUACAAUGCUAUAUAGAUAUGUAUUUAUUAUAUCAUAAACUACAGUAGGUAACUUUAAGGAUUUCUUCCUAUCCUUGUACAAUGACAUGAAUGUCUUUCUUUGAAAACUGCAAUAUAUGUAUGUUUCAAGGUUAUUUAACAGUGUACUAUGGUUUUAUAUCUUGACUUGCCUUGUACAUCUUUCAAUUCUGGAAUAUCUGUGUCUAAGCACAAUAUCUUCACACUGUGCUGUAUUGCUGCUGAACUAAAUGCACUUUUCCCCACAUGUGGGGCACUGGCUUCAAACAAUUCAGUUCAGUAUCAUUACUUUUAAUCUCAUCUUUCCUUUCUUGGUAUUUGUUAAUACAGUUAUGGAAAAGAGGCACAUUGCAUAGAAGCCAUUGGGGAGUUCAGUGGAAGUUCUGUAAGAUGUGCAUGUACUAUUUGAUAUAUUUUCAUUUGCUUCACUGCUUUUAAUACUUAGCAGUAUUGUUGGUCUAAGUCAAUUUGAUUAUUGAGGAGUCUCAGAGCAAGUUGAGUUCUGGAUGUCAUCCUAAAAAACACUUCAUAUAUAAUUAAUAACUAUUUUGUAUAAUUACAUAUUGCUGCUUGUGUUUUUUUUUUUCCAUUUAGUUGGGCGUUGUGUUUUACACAAAACCAUUUUUGAAUUAAGGCUGUGAUAUUAAGAUAGAAAUUUGGACUGUUGUUCUGCUUUUCCUGGCACUCAAAUUCAUGACUAGGUUUGAGAUCAAACCUAUGUUUGUAAUUAGAGAUUUUAUAAGGAUCAACUAAGAAAUGGAAGGCAGGUGAAGAUAUAAAACCCUAGAAUGCUUAAAUGUGCUGUAAAACUAUUGUAGAUGUCACUGGAUUUUACCAAGUAAUAUCCUUUCUUCUUUUUUUUUUCCCCCAUCUACUGUGGCUUUUCAGUUAAAAUUUUGUUUAUAAAAGGAAUUUGUUUAUUACAGCUCUACCUA